AUGAGUUCGUGCGCAGUUUGUUUCGACAUCGUGUCAGGAAAAUGCGUUGCAUUAUCCGAGUGCGGCCACGUCUUUCAUCCUUCGUGCAUAACGAAGUGGUUCGAAAUCAAAAAGAAAAUCAAUCGACAGAACGGUUUUGCGAUUCCAACAGCUCCUUGCGUCGUGUGCAGAGUUGAUUUCGAUAUCAGCGCGGCGCUUCCGGUGUAUUUAGAUGUCCCGUUAUCUGCGCUUAAAGCAAAGAGAAGAGACGACAAGAAGCGAAGCGGCGAUACGAAGCAGAAGAAGAAGAAGAAGAAGAAGAAGAAGACCAAUUUUGAAAAGAAAGAAAAAGAGAGAAGAAAAACAAACGUCCUCGAGAAGCAAGAUGAUGAGGAUGUUGUCGUAUUGGUUAGCAGUAGCGAGAGCGAUGGAGAUGAGAGUGAUGACGCCGCUAAUGAUGAUGGUGAGGAGCACUUAGAAUCAGAAAAUGAAAAUGCAGAACUUCGCAGGCUUUUACUCGAAGAAAAGCGGAAAACCCGCGAAGCGGAAGAUGCGGUCGUUUUGAAUAGGUGUAACAACGAUGCGUUCGCGCAAAGUAAAAUGCAGCUGGAAACGCUACAAGUGGAGUAUAUGCAAGUGCAAGAAGAAAACAGAGUUGCGAAAGCGCGAGAGAAAAUCGCAGUGGACAAAGCUAAAAAUUUUGAAUCGAGAGUCACGAGAGCUGAAUCAGACGUCAAAAUGCUUCGAAGCGAAAUCUCGGCGUUGAAGCACCAAAGAGCGGUGGAGAUGGACGUGUUCGCGGAUAAAAAUGCUGUGAGUAGUAGUCGCUUUUUCGAAGAGGAGCAGAUUGCUCGAUUGAUGGAUCAGAAGGAUAAACGUAUGGCGCUCGAAUCCCUCGCUCGUUCUUUACGAAUGAAAACAAAACACAUCGUGACGCUCCAAGACGAAUAUUUCAAAGUAAAUAAAAGUUUAAGAGUCGCGGAAAAGUCACUUCGCGAUUUAGAGAUGAAAUACGCGAAGCGAAAGGCGAGAGAGAAGCAAACGAGGGAGGAGUUACAAAAUCUUACGAGAGUAGAAAAGCAAAAGCAUGGCGAAGUAGAAAGAAGCGGAAUCAAAAAUGGGAUUAAAGAGGGCGAUGUUGUUGUUGAUGAUGAUGACGACGAUGACGACGACCUUUUGAUUCUCGAUGAUGAUGAUAAUAAUAAAAGAAAUAAACCGUCGAGUAACGUCUUACGCGACUCGAACAAUAGGAACGAUAGUAUAAGCGGGAAAGCAAUAACGCGGCUAGGUGGCAAUGUAAAGAGUAGCUUCAAUAGAAAAAACAAUGCUAGUGGUGGCUCUUUCAUACAAAAUGGGGACGACGGCCGAGGCGGGAGAGCAACAAUAUUGACCACCUCUACAGGGGGAAAGCUCGAACGCAACAACAGAAAUGAUCGAGUGCCGUUAAGUCGAGGUGAGAUGAUGCAGAAAAAUCUCUCCAGCUUCGUGCGUAAGGGACGAUAG